AUGCAGCACCCCAAGGAACAGGAGCUUGCCAAGUUGGCUGCGGGCAAUAAGGAUACCACACACCGUGGGUCUCAAGCCCCACACCCAGUCUCCCCUCAAGGGGAAGAGGUGGCGUCUGUGGAGCAACUGAACUCGGAGGAGUUCCAUUCCCUCCUAGACGCGACCAUGACCAAAUCAGUCACUCAGGCCAUCUACACAACAAUGGGGGCGAUGUCAGAUAACCUGACCCAAUCCAUCAGCAACGCCAUCAUGGCGUCUGGCCACAACCCCAUAGGCCUCCGCUCCAAGGCCCAAGACGACAAGCCUGCCACCCUCAGCGGUCGCAAGGCUACUGAAAAGACCCAUCAUAUGGGCAAGCAAACCUCCAAAACAAUUUUUACGGACAGGUUGCGUCCUGUCACUGUUGAGGACGUGGGGCCCCCAUGUAAGCGAGCCUCCCGCCGGGCAAAAAUGGUGAGGGCAUGGAAACGGGCUAAAGCCCAGACAGAAAUAUCCGACUCUGAUUCGGACCAAGAGGAGGUGUUGAGCGAGCCAGAAGAGAUGGGCUCGUUGGAAUCAGAGAACUCUUCUCCGGAGCGCAGUUUAA